AUGAAGAAACAGGUCUAUGCAGAUCGCUCUACUCAGCCUCCCCGAUGUGGUAGAUGCAAGGCAAACCACUUUGGAAAUUGCAAACCAGAUCUUGUGAAAUGUUACAAGUGCAAUCAGUUGGGACAUUUUGCAAGGGAGUGUACAACCCCAGAUGUUCUUGAAAAGACUAAAGGCCGUGUUUACACCUUAGACGCUAGGAAGGCUCAAGGAAACACCAAUCUUGUUGCUGGUACGUGUUAUGUUAAUGAUCAGCCCUUGUUUGUGCUAGUUGAUUGUGGAGCAACACAUUCUUUUAUUUCUUAUCCUUGUGUGCGGAGGCUUGGUUUUGAAACGAGUCUUCUUCCUAAUCCUAUGAUUAUCUCGUCGGCUACGGACGAUAUGGUAGAAGCUCGGGAAAUUUGCAAGGAGUGUUCUGUUACCUUCAAUGGUCGUAGAUUCGUGAUUGAUCUCAUUUGUCUACCUCUUAAGAAGAUCGAUGUAGUACUCGGUAUGGACUGGUUGUCAGCUAACUCGGUGUACAUCGGUUGUAAAGAGAAGGCUAUCUUCAUUCCUGCUGAGGAGACUACACCAACCGAUGCCAUUGAACAUCUUCUUGAAGGUACAGUUAAUAUGAUCAAUUACCUUUUUGCUCAAGAGAAGUCUUUCCUUUUGGUUCUUACGUCGGACUCCAAGGAUAAGAGGAGUAUUUUGGAGAUUCCGGUUGUGUGUGAAUUUUCCGAUGUAUUUCCGGAGGAUGUUACUUCUCUUCCGCCAAAGAGGGAAGUUGAAUUCUCUAUUGAUCUUGUUCCGGGUACCGCUCCAGUUUCGACCGCCCCUUAUAGGAUGUCUCCUGCAGAGCUAAGGGAGUUGAAGAGUCAGCUAGAAGAAACGAGAUACGGUCAUUACGAGUUUUUGGUUAUGCCGUUCGGGGUAACCAAUGCUCCUGCUGUCUUUAUGGAUUACAUGAACCGGGUGUUUCAACCAUAUUUGGACCAGUUCGUGGUAAUCUUCAUAGAUGACAUCUUGAUCUACUCUCGAACUAUUGAACAGCACAUGGAACAUUUGAGGAUUGUGUUGUCGGUUCUUAGAGAAAAGAAGUUGUUUGCGAAGCUUAGCAAAUGUGAGUUCUGGAUGUCCGAAGUCAAGUUUCUUGGACAUGUCAUAUCUGGCGGUGGCGUAGCUGUAGACCCUUCAAAGGUAGAAGCAGUGAUAAAUUGGGAACGACCCAAGAAUGCAACUGAGGUCCGUAGUUUCCUAGGCUUGGCAGGUUACUAUCGGAGGUUCAUUAUGGGCUUUUCCAAAUUGGCAUUACCUUUGACCAGGCUUACAAGGAAGGAAGUUUCAUUCGAAUGGAAUUCAGAAUGUGAGAAGAGUUUUCAGAAACUCAAGGAAAAGUUAACUACUGCUCCAGUGUUGGUGAUCCCAGAUCCAAACCGAUCUUAUGAAGUGUUCUGUAAUGCUUCUAAGAAAGGCUUAGGUGGAGUGUUGAUGCAAGAUGGACAGGUUGUAGCUUAUGCAUCUAGACAGCUGAGAUCUCAUGAAGAGAAUUAUCCUGCACAUGACCUUGAACUCGCUGCAAUUGUGUUCGCGCUCAAGGAACUCAACAUGCGUCAGAGGAGAUGGAUGGAGUAUUUGAAGGACUUUGACUUUGAUUUAAAGUACCAUCCCGGUAAAGCUAAUAAGGUAGCUGAUGCCUUGAGUAGAAAAGAGAUAAAAGUUGCAGAGCUGAUGAUGUUAGAAUUUGGCCUUAUGGAGAAGUUCAGAAAUUUGGACUUACAGUUUGAGUGGGCACCAACGGGUGUGUUGAUAAGUAACUUGUGUAUUGAGAAUGAACUGCGGGAAAGGAUCCGUCAAGCACAGUGGAAUGAUGUAGAAUUGCAGGCUAAAGCAAACCUUCCUGAUUUCGUUCGUACAUCUGGUGGACUCAUUCUUUUUGGACGAAGGAUGUGUGUGCCAAAUGAUGCGGAGUUAAGGAGGUUAAUUCUGGACGAGGCUCACAAGACCAAAUUCACCAUCCAUCCCGGUCGACCAAGAUGUAUCAAGACUUGA